AGAAGCACUUAGUAAUUGACAGCUGAUACUGCCCCUGAGGGACCCGUGCCCCUGCCAUGGCUUGCACUUCCAGCAUGGAGUCCUUGCAGCCCGGUACAAAUGUGAAAUAGACCAUAAGGGGCGGAAGUUUGUAUGCAUGGUGCAAAUAGCUACGGGCAACUUGGCCUUGGCCAUAAGGAAGAUGUUCUUUUGCCCCAGCAACUGAGUGACUUCUGUAAACCUGAGUGUAUCAGGAGGAUCACUGGAGGAGGGGGCCACUCUGCUGUUGUCACAGAUGGUGGAGGCCUUUUUGUUUGUGGCCUGAACAAAGAUGGGCAACUGGGUCUUGGUCACACAGAAGAUGUUCUGUAUUUUACUGCCUGCAGAUCGCUCCUUGGCUGUCCUAUCCUACAGGUGGCCUGUGGCUGGGAUUUUACCAUUAUUCUCACAGAGAGUGGUCAAGUUUUGUCAUGUGGAUCCAACUGCUUUGGCCAGCUAGGAGUUCCUCAUGGCCCUCGAAGAUGCGUGGUUCCCCAGGCCAUUGAGCUCCUGAGAGAGAAGGUUGUUUGCAUUGCUGCUGGACUGAGGCAUGCUUUAGCUGCUACAGCAAAUGGCAUCGUGUUCCAGUGGGGGACUGGUUUGGCAUCAUCUGGACGGCGGCUGUGCCCUGGGCAGACUCUCCCACCAUUUUUGACAGCAAGGGAACCCAGCAGAGUGACAGGCCUGGAGAAUUCUAAAGUAACCUGUGUUCUUGCUGGCUCGGAUCACUCAGCCUCGCUGACAGAUGCAGGAGAGCUGUAUGUUUGGGGAAGCAACAAGCAUGGGCAACUGGCUUCCUUGGCUGCUUUUCUUCCUAUGCCCCAGAAAAUAGAAGCACACUGUUUUCAGAAUGAAAAGGUCACUUCUGUCUGGAGUGGGUGGACACACCUGGUUGCUCAGACAGAAACUGGCAAGGUGUUUACCUGGGGCCGAGCAGACUACGGUCAACUAGGGAGGAAGCUGGCGUCUCCUGAAGACUGGAAACUACAAAGUCAGGAUCCAUCGUAUCCCCACUCAGGACCUCGGAAGAGCAUGCCUUCGCCUCUGCACUGCCUAACAGGAGCAACUGAGAUCUCUUGUGGCUCAGAGCAUAAUCUGGCUGUGAUUGGAGGGACGUGUUACUCUUGGGGCUGGAACGAGCACGGCAUGUGCGGGGAUGGCUCUGAAGACAACAUCUGGGCCCCGAAGCCUGUUCAGGCUCUGCGCUCGUCACUGGGACUCCUCGUGGGCUGUGGGGCUGGCCACUCCCUGGCCCUCUGCCACCUGCCAGUUCUUCCUGAGUUGGGCCAACACCCCAAGGUCACUGGCUCUUCCCCAGAUGCCACUGAGGAUGCUGAAUCUCAGGAAGCCAUGGACAAAGAGAGAAAUUGGAAGGAAAGGCAACCAGAAGCUUCUGCCCAAAGCCAAUAUGGCAGGUCCAGAAAUGGGGGGCUUGUGACAGAGGCCCUUUAAUAAAGUGACUUUUCCCACUCA